CAAAGUUAUUUGUUAAAAUACGAAUAUAACAUAAGCACUAAGUGAAAACAAAAUACAAGCUUUUGGUAAAAUUUUAUUUGCUAUGCAUUUGUGUUUAAUAUUGUUGAGUUAUAUUAAUAUUAUACAGUUAAUAUAUUUCUAAAUGCAAAUUUUAGUUCAUGAACUGGAACAGUGAGGGCGCUAGCAUUCGUUCCGUAGAUGAAGCCCAGUUAAGUGAAUAACGCCAGCCAUAAUGCGUUAUUUUAUUUCUGCGUUUUGAAACUUCUUGUGACUUUAUAAAUUGCUUUGCAUGUGAUCAGUAAUUUCUGAAAAAAAUUGUUUAUUAGCCAAUACGGCAAUAUUUUUUUCAAAAAAUCUAUAGUUUCUGUCACACUGAAGCAUGGCGCAUAUUCUUCCUCUGUGGAAGGUGAUAUGUCUAAAUUUUCUGCUGCUCGCCAUUGGAAAGUUUGGAAUAGGCGAAGGCUCCUUAAAAGUUCAACAGUUUUCAUUUCCUUCUGAUUCGGAGAUCGGUAAAAGAGUAAGUGCCACAUGCACGCCGGCAUCUGGCGAGAAAAUGGAAUUUAAAUGGCUAAAAAAUGGCAGAGAACUAACGAAAGGACUCAAUAUCGACAUUCGAUCAUAUUCGGAUCUCUCUACCCUAGUGAUUGAUCCUCUAACUGAAGAUGAUACUGGAAACUACACUUGCAUUGUAAAUUCUGGAGGAAGAACAGGAAGUUACACAACGUCUCUCGAGGUUUUAGUGCCGCCUUCCUGGAUUUCCAUGCCAAAUGACAUCGAUGCAUUGAGCGGUAAUUCAGUAACUUUAAACUGCAAAGGAUUAGGUAGACCACAACCUACAGUAGCAUGGUCGAAGACUAUCGGUGAAAGCUUGGAUUUUAUGCCACUGUCUGUAAAUCAUCUUACUAUUCAAUCAAAUGGAAGUCUGCACUUAAGCUCCAUUCAGAAAGAAGAUGAAGGAAUGUACAAAUGCAAUAUAUCCAAUGGUAUAGGUUCCCCACUUUUCAAAACAAUUGCUGUAAAAGUAAUAGUUCCCGCGCGUUUCGAAGAGAAAUUUACUCUGCAGUCUGUUCGCAGAGGUGAAACAGCCACUCUUAAAUGCGAAGCCAUCGGUGAUAAGCCAUUAAGUAUAACAUGGACGAAAGAUAAAGCGGAAAUUGACUUCAAGAAACAUACCAGGUUGGAAAAAUUUGAUAGAGACGUUGAGAAAGGGCUAAGUUCGGAAUUGAUCAUUCGAACUUCGGAUAGAAAAGAUGGAGCCAUCUACGGCUGUUUAGCAAAAAACGAAUACGGUUCAGAUGAGCGGAAUGUGAAGUUACUAGUCGUUGAGGUACCAAACAAACCUCUGGAUGUGAAAGUGAAAGAAGUGUGGAGCAGGACAGCUAGCAUUACGUGGCCCGCUCCUUACUCGGGUAACAAACCCAUCACUAAGUACAUCAUCCAGUACUGGAGAAACAGAGGUGGACCUCAUAGACUUUUGGAAGAAACAGUUCCAAGUAGUCACACAACAGUUUUACUGAAAAAUUUGCAACCCGGAACGCCAUAUGCAGUAACGGUUCUGGGUGAAAAUGAAAUCGGACAGGGACUACCAUCAGAUAUCCUCGAGCUUGUAACAGGAGAAGAAGAACCAAGUGGUCCUCCUACAGAUGUUUGGGUUGAAGCUAAAAGUUCCAGCUCCAUUUUAGUGACGUGGAAACCUCCACCACGUGAGCUGUGGAAUGGGCAACUUCGCGGAUAUUUUGUUGGCUAUAAAGUGGAUGGAUCUUCACACCCAUAUUCAUUCAAGACUGUCGAUAAUGUCGUAGAAGAAAACCAAGAAUAUACGUUGACUAAUCUCACGAAAUCUAAUAAGUACAAUAUUGUAGUGAAAGCCUACAAUAGUGCAGGAACAGGUCCCCCUUCUCAAGACCUGGUGGCUAAACCAUUGGAUGGAGGAUUUAAAUCCGAAGUAUAUGGAGGAGUUUCGAUAACUUCAGGGCAGCUGUAUCCCAAGAGAAAAUUUACGGCAGUACGUUUAGAAUCGUUUAUCCUGAUAGAACGCAUUCCAAAUUUUCUUCCAGAUGUUCCAGGGGCUCCAGCUUUUACCGUUGUUGCAGCCUCCGAAUCUAAAAUAAGUCUGAGAUGGGGAGAUCCUCCAUCUAGGAAUAUUCCUGUUACAGGUUAUACUUUGCACUACAAGAAAGAAGGAGGUGAAUGGUUUCAUAUUCCAAUCAUAGCAUCUAGCAGCAAGAACCGUUUCACAAUCACUGGCUUGGAAAGUUCUACAGCAUAUAAAAUUUUCAUAACUGCUUCUAAUCAGUAUGGAAAUGGUGAACCCAGUGAUAUCACGACUGUCACUACUUCAAUGAAAGGCUUUGUAAUCGGCAACACGGAAACAUACGUUGAUCUUUCAGUUAUUGUUCCUGUUGCUGCCUGCAUUCUUGCCUUUAUUGUAGUCACCAUCGUUGUCAUUAUUUACUAUAGGAAGUCCAAAGCUCGAAACAGUCUUGAAAGAGCUUUUCAAGGCGGUAAACCAUUUCCUUAUACGGGUUCCACUCAGCGGUACAUCGAUAUCGACAAGACACGGCUUCCAGCUGAACCAGGCACUCUAACUUCUUCAUAUGCCACCAUACCAGCGAAUGAACUUACUGAUGAAGCAACGCAAGAAAUGAAAGCCUUUAUGCAUGGAAAUAUGAAAGACAGACCACUUCCUUCCAAGCCAUCUUCGAUGAAAAAGAAAAACAAAGGACAUGUUUACGACACUGCGCAAUAAAAAUGAUAGCAGGAUUGUUACUGCUAUCAUGAAAUAAAACCGGAGAAACAGUGUAACAGUUUUCCCAUCGUGAUCUAAAAUAUGUAUUCUGCUUCUGAUCUGAUGGAGCACCAUUAUUCGGCUCUGUUAGAUGAAAAGGAUAUGGAAGAGGACCAAGAAGAAUUGAUGACAGUGAUGUUUCAAAGUUUGUCUUCUUUAUUAUGACUAAAAUCAAACUCCAUUUUAUCAGCCAUUAUUUUAUCUCCAAGAGCAUAGUUUCAAUCGGAUGUUUUCUUUCAUGAAAUGAAAUACUAUAGCCAAGGUUAAAACAUUAGAAAUUCAUACAUAUUAUAGCGUUGUUUUAAUACCUAUCAAAUAAGCAGCAAAAUACCCUAUAUGUGUUUAUUGUACGUGUGUUCAUGUUUGUUUCAUAGAAAAAGUAUCAUAGAUGCAUAAUGUUGGAUGUGUAAUUUUAUUUAAAAUGCAAUUAUUGUUAGUUAAACACGAUUUGUAAAAAUAAUUAACCAAUCUUAUUUAUAUGCAAAUCUGGUAAAUAAGACUUCAGUGUUGCAUGAAAACAAAACGUUAUGGUUGUAAAAUCAUUAAUCUGUACUGCAUUUUAAUUUCUUAUACUACCAAGUAAAUUCUUCGCUUUAAAACCAAAAGCGGUACAAAUUAUUAAACGUGUAAACUGCAUUAUUUUAAAUGUAAACAAAAUCAUUAUUUACAUUAAUGCAUUUAAUUUCUUAGGUUCAAUUACAUACAAGAGUUAAUUUUUACAGAAUAAAUAAUAAAUAUUUAGACGUAUUUGUUUUCAACCCAAAUAUAAAAAUAUUCAAAUUUAAUUAUACUGAACUUAAAAGAAUAAAUGAAGAAAAUAGUACGGUCUUUCAGAAUCUAUUAACAGUUGUUUUAAAAUACUUUAAAAAAUUAUACUAUUUGAAGGUAAAAAAUUGUAUAGACAGAAGCGUAAAUUUUAUUACUCUUGAGCAUACAGAUAAAAUGAAAUAAAUUAUCAAUGGUUACAAGCAGGAAUAUUUAAAUAUUUUCGAUUUUAAAUAAUAAUUUAAUAAGGUGAUACCAUAAGUGAACGGAAAAAAAAAUAGCUAUGUUCUGUAAAGCAUUUUUAGCGCAAAUUAUAUCUCGUGUUUUAUUAAAUUCACUUACUGGUCUUCUUGUAUUAACAGAAAGCAAACAAAAGCAUUUUCUUUUCCGACACAAGUUAAUUUUUCAUUCUUUUGGGUGCUCUUUGUAAGUUUUUAUGUUUAUUAAUCGAUUAUCUUUUUUAUUUUUAUCUUUAUUAUCGCUUCUACUUUUGUGGGCUCCCACCAGGAUGCAAAUAUAGUUAAAGUAUAUAAGAACAAAGUUCUUGAAGUUAAAGCAGAGCCUUUUGCAGCGACCGCUGACGUUCUCCAUACUCUUUACGCACACUCUGAAAUUAGUUGGGUCGGCAUUAACAUUUUGCCAGCCUUGUUUGCUCAUGAUCACAUGAGCAAACAAGACCUCGAGUUAAAGCACUUUGAAUGUGAAAGUAAAUGUGAAUUGCAUACUUUAACUGUUUUAAUUUUUAUUUUGAUUCUUCUGUUUUGUUAAAUCCGACAACAAGAGGUGACUUAUUUUGCGAUACAAGAACUGCGUAGUUUUUAAGUCGAAGUUCUAAUUAAAAAGAUUUGUUUUAAACCUUAUGAAUUUGUAGUUACUUAAGAUUAAAAAGGGGUGGUAAGUCACCUGAUUGUAUACACAAAGUUACAAUUCAAUUCUGAAGCACAUGGGUUCCGUAUAAUUUUCGAAAAACUUUAUCUUGACUAAGUGCUGAAAUACUGUUUCUUGAUUUGUGUUUCUAUUUUACAUAUUAUAUGUGAUCUCGGCAUGUGCAUCUGAUACACGCAGAGAAUAAAUCAUAGGUUCAUAAUCUACCCACGAUUGUAUCCUUGUUGCUGUCAUCAAUUGUUUCAAAGUUGUUAUCAUAAAAAUUAUCAUAAAAUAUGUACAUUGCCUAAUGAAUUUGAAAUCCUUGCAUUUAUCACUUAUGUAAAAUUCUUUAAUUUAUCUUAAAAAAUUUCUUUAAAUUGCAGAACGUUUGUCUAAAUGGCUUGCCAUUUUAAUUUCUAUUAAUCUUCCUCAAAUUUUAUUAUAGAGAUAACAAAACCAAACAAAAAUGGCUGUUUUUGUUAUACACCAUAAAAUUUACAAUAAUAGUCAUGUCUUAUCAUAAGAACAACACUUAUAAGGGAACAACCAGGGAAGAAUUUCUUGGUUUCGAGGGAGUGGAAUGAGUUCCUUUUAUUAACUUGAUAAUUAUUUAGUUUUGGUUUAUAAAUAUAAAAAGCUACUUUUAUUCAAGUUUUGUUAUUUUUUAAUAGAUUCUAUCCCUUUUUGUGUAAUUUAUGGGACACUUUAAAAAAUUAUCUGUAUAUGUAUUUCUCGAGUUUGGAGUAGGAGAGGAGGAAUGAAUGAUCAUCUAGCAAUGGUAAAAGGAAUGAUUGGGGCAAAAAAAAGUUGACAACCACGGCUAUAGCAUUUUAGAAUCACUAUGAACAUUUAUAUAUAGGUUUCUGCAGUGGCAAAAAAAUCAAGCAUAGAUUUCUAUUAAUUCGUUUUUUGUGAAAACCGUUGUUACCGUUUCAUUUGGAUAACAUACUUUAACUAAAAUUUUAUAUUCUACACAUUUACAUAAUUUCUAAAUUCCCGACUGUCAUGAACUGAUAGAAUAUAAAAUUAUGCAAGCUGUUAAUAGUGAAAAAUGAGAAACGUGCCAUUUUAAGAUUAAUAUCACAUAUUUAUUAGGUGGCUAGUGAAAUAUUUUAACUCAAAAUUAGAUUGAAUUCUUUGUGAACUGAAAAAAAUACUUUGAUCACAAAUAAUUAGAAAACAACUGUUAAUGAAUUCAUUGAUGCUUUAUUUCUUUGUUAGUAUUUUAUACAUUUUCAUGUAAUGUACGUCCUGACAGAAUGUUUAUACUCUGAUGUUGAGAAAGUUGUAAUGUAUUACAUAAAUAUUUGUUUGAAUAAUAUUUAGGGCAGUUCUUAUGCUAUUUGGUUUAUGCAUUUAUAGAUCACAUUUUGUAAUAUCUAGAGUGAUAUUUUAAAGAUAUUGUUACAUUUUUGUCUGUUUUAUGUUUUUUUAAUGUUUAUAAACAGGUAUUGUGUAAUUGCUUAUGAUACUACUUAAUUUUCUUGUUUUAUAAAUGUUUUAUUACUUCUUUGUCA